CCAGCAUUCGGUGAUGUAAGACCAACCUGUUCCAUAGCUGUAUCGUGGACAAGAAUUUUAUAUCUUUCAGUUUUCCUUGAACUAAACUAAAUGAACAUUAGCAGAUUCGCUUCAAUUUGAGAGAGCCAAUGCGUUAAUUGAAACUACAGUACCAUUUUAAUUGUUUAGUGAAGAAUGGGAUAUUUCUCGACAACUGACGUUUUAAGUAUAUAUACCGAUCUGGGGAUUUGAAAAUGGUAUUGUAUUAUAGUGCACUUGCGAACGGGGGACAUUGAUAUCCUGGAAGAUUAAGGGGCUUUGCACUUGAAAGAAGCCCUUGAAUAUGUUAAAUUAAACGUACAUCUGUGGGGGCGCAAGGUGAAAUUUUGUCAGGGGGCCCUGAAUUUCUAGGUACCUCCCUGAUACUUGCACUCUUCCACCGAGUAGCUUGACUGUACGCCAACCAAUGUACGUAGUGAAAUUGGCUGUUUCCUGCUCCAUUUUACACCGUAGAAUGGGUCAAAAAUGGUGCAGAUAAGGGCCGGUGUUUUGGGGCUGGGUGACUGAAUGGUGCGUGUGGAUGCAGCGUGUGGCGGCUUCGUGUGAUGGACCUUCAGCUGUAACACCUCCUGCAGGAGCGAUUCAAGUGAAGCUGGUUUCUGUUUUCUCAUGCUCGUGUAGUACCGUUCAAUAAUUUACGACACAGCGCAGUAUCGAUGCCCCCAGUUUUUCUCUCUAUAGCCUGAUAACACUCAGGCAACAUUAUCAGUCACUUGGACGGACACGUUUAUCACAAACCACCUUCAGUAGAUAAGAAUAUAAAAGCACAAUAAAACCACCAACGGUGAAGGUGACUUUACACCGGCUGCAUAAGGACUUUAGAAAGAGUAACGAUGUCGGGACCGAACAGCGACCAACUUCAUAGAUCCACUUUACGUUUAUACGUGAACCUGAUGGAGCAUUUUAACCCAGGGCUGCAGAAGCUGGUGGCUUUGGGUAACAGCUACACCCAGGCCUUUCAAGCCUUGGCGAUGACGGGCGAGGCCUACUUCAGCAUGCUGGCCAAGAUGGGGGAGAAGGCGCUACACAGCGCGUCCUCGCGCUCGUUAGGAGACGUCCUGAUGCAGAUCUGUGAGGGCCAGAGGAGGCUCAUCGCCGAACUGAAGGGAGUAUUUAACUGGUUCCACGCUGAAGUGCUACAGGAGAUGGGCAACAAUGUCCGCCUGGACAGAGACUACAUAUCACGCCUAAAGGCCAACUGGGAGCGGGUAAAGGCCAACUGGGAGCGGGUAAAGGCCAACUGGGCGCGUGCUUCCCUACAGGAGGGCAGUGAAUACAUGCAGUACCUCCGGCAGAGUCACCACGAGGCCCUGAAGGAGGAGGAGAGGAGGUACCGCUUCCUAGCUGAGAAACACUGCGGCCUCACCCAGUCCCUGCUGUAUCUCAUCAGCAAGACAGGGGGCGCCCUCCAGCUGAAGGCAGAGGGCUGGAAGGAGUUGGUGAACGAGACUCGGGGCUCGAGGCCCCGCACCCCCACCGCCCUUGACCAGGUGAGAGAAGAGGACAGAGGCUGGGCUGGCAGAGAGGAGCAGCCACUUGGCAGAGUGCCCUCACGAGCGCCCUCCCCGGUCCCCAGCCGCUCGCGCUCCAGCUCAGUGGGGGACUCUCUGGGCAUGGGGGCUGGCAGGCAGAUGCGAGCUCUGGCCCCCCACCACCCGACAUCCAACCCCACGCUGCUGCCGUUUGCCCAGGGUGACGUGGUGACCGUGCUGGUGCCCGAGCCCCGGAACGGCUGGCUUUACGGCCGGGCCGAGGGCAACCUGCGACAGGGCUGGUUUCCAGCUGCCUACGUUGGGCCUUUAGAGGACACAGACAGAUUAUUUGGGUCCAGCCACGACCUUCGACCCCACGGCACUCCCACCCUCAGAAGUCACAGCUUGAACAACCUGCUGGCACAGAAGGAUGAGAACGACCCGGCCGGGCAGAAUCGCAACGGAGUCCCACCUCCUGCUCCACCUCUAAACUCCAGUUCGGCAAACUUGCGUCCGACCACGCCCACUCCGGAUAGGAGGGCGGGGCCUCCCUCAGACAACAAGAAAGCGCCGGAGCACGCCCUCCGUCCGGAGCUGUUCCCCAGGGGGACCAACCCCUUUGCCACGGUGAAACUCCGCCCCACCACCACCAACGACAGAUCGGCUCCCCGGAUCCACUGACGUGUCGGCAGGCGGCCGUGCAGCCGGCAUUCCGCUCCGGUGAAACCAGGCAGAACGGGGCUGCGGGUGCCGGAACCGGGGCUGGCCGUCCCCGGGAUUUUCAUAUCAUUUCUAAAAGUAGGCAGACGCAGUGAAAGGGGUUAUAUUUUUAGAAACGGUGUUAGAUGCAUGGUCUGGAUAUUGACGUCACGGGCCUGAUGCCGUCCCCUGUGUUUUACCCAUCUGGAAACGCACCAUUUUCCGGUCUGUGAUGCAAAACCAACCGAAUAAAAGUUUUAUUCUGUCA